GUGAAUAUUGGAUGGAUUGGCAAUGUCAAUGUCAAAAGCAGCUGUUCCUUUGCUACUGCUCUGUUUUGUUUUGAACGUAUCUACACAAAUGUUUAAAUAAUUAACAAAAAAACCUAUAUUUGUUUUACUAUUAAACCAUCGUUAAGGAGUCUUCUUAAUAUUUCAAUACUCAAGCCAAGUCACCAAAAAUGUCGACAGCGAUGACGUUUGGUCAGAAACAAUUUAUCCCUACACCACCUGAUAAAGGCAGCUUUCCUCUGGAUCACGAAGGUCUCUGCAAGAAGAGCAUGACGAAGUACAUGAAAUGUUUGUUUAGCAACAAUAGCGAUAACUCUAUGUGCCGGGAUGAGGCUAAAGAUUACUUGGCUUGUAGGAUGGAACAUAACCUGAUGGCCAAAGAAGAUUGGUCAAAGCUGGGCUUCAAAGAAUUAGGACUGAACGAAAAAGAUAAAUAAUAUUUUUAAAUAAGGUAAGGAUUUGUUAUGUUGUUCAAUAAAUAGUGAUAAACAUA